UGAAGCUGAAAGUGAACUGGGCGGUACUUCAUAAACAUUCUGUCAACGCUCAGUUAAACAAGAAGGAUCAUUAAAACAAUUAAAUGGACUCAUCAGACGAGCACAAACUACUCAUCAACUCCACAUACGGCAGCUCUGACAGCGAUGACAGCUCUGAUUCAAAUCACAGCAUAGAGCAGCCUCCCUCUAUACACAACGGGGUUCCACCAGAGGAGUCUCUCAUUAGGAAUAUAAAUUUAUUUACAUCCCUCUUCGACAGCAGUAUCUCUGAACUCCAGAAUCAAAUCAAUAAACUGAAAGAAAUCACUGAGAGAGUGGAGAAGAUUCAUCGUAACACCACUAUUGGAAGCCUCUCAGGAGGAGUGAUUAGUGCAGUUGGAGGAAUCUUGACUAUCGUAGGUCUUGCCCUCACUCCAUUUACUCUGGGAGCCUCACUGAUUGUAACAGGAGUGGGUGUAGGAGUAGCUGUUUCUGGAGGCGUAGCAGGGGCGGCAUCAAACAUCACUGACCUGAUUAAUCAGAAAGUUUCACGAACAGAAAUAGAAAAAAUUCUGAAAACAGUUCAGGACAAACUUCCCCCCAUUCUCAAACACCUGGAAGAAAUAGAGAUCAGGCUGGAUGAGAUACAACAAUUUGACCCUACAGAUCCAUCAGGGCGAAAAGCACAGAUUGGAUUCGGAUUAGGCAGAGGGGUAGGAUACAGUGCAGAACUACUACGACUGGUUAACGUUGUUGAAAUAGGUAAAGUAACAGCACAGGUAUCUAGAACCGUAAAAGCAGCUGGAGCAGUUACAGGAGUUCUGGCAGGUCUCUUUCUGGUGCUGGACGUUGUCUUCGUUGUCAAAGACGCCAAAGAACUAUACAAUAUUAAUAAUGGAAAUGGAAAAUCAGCCAUAAGUAAAUUCAUUAAGGGAAUGAAGGUCACUGUUGGUCAACUUACUGAAACACUGGAUCAACUUCAAGGGGUCCGAAAUCGAUUUAAUGCCUAGAUCACAAGCUAACGAACAGAGCCCUUUUACGCUGCUGAAGCCGUACGUCUGGGUGUCUAUGUUAAUUUAGGCGCAGAGGAAGCACAGGUAUCUAAAGCAGUAACAGCAUUCGGAGUGAUCACAGGAGCCCUGGCAUGUCUCUUCCUCCUGAUGGAUCUUCUGCUUAUUGGCUACUAUCUUAAACAACUCAGAGAAAUGAACAAAGAGCGGAGAAAUGGAAACGGAAAAUCAUCCAUAUGCAAGUUCAUUAAAGGAAUGAAAGAAAAUGUUGAUCACCUGAACCAAACACUGGAUCGACUUCAGGAAGUCAGACAGCAAUUUGACGCAAAGAUAAAAAAAUAAAAAAAUGAACUGAAACUUGUAUUAUCAUUUUGUAAAACACUCAAUCACUGUAGACCAAAGAAUUCUUUGAUUUUAUCAAAUUAAAAACCUCUGGAAUAUAAUCAAGAGGAAGAUGGAUGAUCACAAACCAUCAAACCACCAAACUGAACUGCUUGAAUUUUUGCACCAGGAGUAAAGCAGCAUAAAGUUAUCCAAAAGCAGUGUGUAAGACUGGUGGAGGAGAACAUGAUGCCAAGAUGCAUGAAAAAAAACUGUGAUUAAAAACCAACCAGGAUUAUUCCACCAAAUAUUGAUUAUUUCUGAACUCUUAAAACUUUAUGAAUAUGA